AUGGAACCCCCGCAGGAAUUUCCAUUUCCCUUCCCAGCAUACGAAAUCCAGAAACGAUUUAUGAGAGAACUUUAUGUUUGCUUGGAAGGUGGUAAGCUGGGUCUCUUCGAAAGUCCCACAGGAACUGGAAAGUCCUUGUCCCUAAUUUGUGGUGCGCUUAAGUGGUUGGUUGAUCACGAGAGAUGGAGAAAGGAAGAGUUAACUUCGACGAUCGCUCAAAUAGAUGAUAAAUUAAAAAGCUGUGAGAAACUAUCUGAUAAUUGGUUUACUGUGCAGACGGAGCAAAUAGAGCUUAAUGCUGAGAAACAGCCGUUGCAAGCCAAGCUAAAUGCACUUCUUGAGUAUGAAGGCCAAAAGGAGAAACUUAAAAAGAUGAUUGUUGAAUCAAGGAGAGCGAAAACAACUGGAAAACUGAGGCAGCAAUUCAUCAAAAGAGUUCCAGAGUCAGAUAAGACAGAGGAAGUGAAUCCUGAUGUCUGUGAUAUCGAGAAGGAUCUUAUCUUGGAAGAUGGAUUAUCAAACUCAGAAAGUUCUGAAGAAGAAGACACGGAUGAACCUUUAUUUAAGAAUACCAAAAUCUUCUUCUGCUCUAGAACACAUUCACAAUUGACACAGUUUGUCCAUGAAUUGAAAAGAUCUCCCUAUUCUCAAGAGAUUUCUGUAGUACCGCUCUCGUCGAGACAAAAUUACUGCAUCAACAAAAAUGUCAAGAGAUUGAAGCACAUCAAUCUGAUAAAUGAAACCUGCCUUCAGCUGCAAAAAAAGAAGACUACUGUUAAGAAAGAAAAAGAUCUAAAGAGAUCAAAAACUGCAAGCAGUUGCCCAUUUAUACCAGGUGAUCAGAAACUUUUAAUGGCUGAGAUUCUAACAAAUAUUCAAGAUAUUGAGGAGAUAACACAGAAAGGACAGGAAAAUAACACUUGUCCAUAUUAUGGCUCAAGAAAAUCUCUGCAAAAUGGACAAUUAAUAUUAGUACCAUAUAAUUCUAUUUUUCAUAAGAACACCAGAGCCAGUUUAGAAAUAGAUUUAAAAGGGAAUAUAUUAAUAAUAGAUGAAGCCCACAAUUUGCUGGACGCCAUCGAAAGAAUGCACAGUUCUGUAAUUACUGGGAGAAAUUUGCUUCACUGUUACAGUCAGCUGUCGCAAUAUCAGAAAAGAUUUGAAUCUUUGUUCUCUGCUAAAAGCGUGAUGUAUUUAGGCCAAUUGAGUUUUUGCUUGAAGAAGCUUCUAACUCUCUUUGGAGCAACAAUGAAAUCUCAUCCCAAUGACGCGAUCGAUAAAACAAUAGCACCCAAAUUAUACAAAAUAGAAGAUUUCGAAGUGCUUACAGAGAUUGAUACAGUAAACAUCUUCAAAUUAUUAGAAUUCAUCAAAACUUCAAAACUAAUUCAUAAAUUACAAGGAUUUGUUGAACAAUAUGGCAAUAAUAUUAAAAUUAAUGAACAAAAGACAAAGAAAUCUGGCAUAACAGAAUUUUUAAACUCGAUUAAAAAUAAUGAUGUAUCCUCUCAAGAAACUAUUAGUAUUGCGGACACAUCAAGCAACAAUGAAGAACAGACGAGCAAUCCUUUGAUGGCAAUCUUAAGUUUCUUGGAGUGCUUAAAAAACAGCUGCGCGGACGGCAGAAUAUGUGUUCUACCUAGCACUACUGUUGGACAAGGAAUUAUAAAAUUUCUAUUGUUGAAUCCUGCAGCACAUUUCCAUGACAUCGUGAAAGAUGCCAGAUCUGUGGUACUAGCCGGUGGCACAAUGGAACCAAUGUCCGAAUUCGUAGAUCAACUAUUCUUAAUGGCGGGUGCUACACUAGACAGAAUUAUGACAUUUUCGUGUGAUCAUGUAAUUCCCAAGGAAAAUAUCAUAUCCAAUGUUGUAACGCGUGGUCCGACUGGAAUUGAAUUCGAAUUUAAUUAUCAUAGUCGACAAGAUAUAAAAUUGCUGGAUGAAUUAGGUAGAGUAUUAUUAAAUUUAUGUAACGUUGUACCAGCUGGAAUAGUAGUAUUCUUUCCAUCUUACAAUUAUGAAGACACAGUAUUUAAGCAUUUAGAUAAAUCUGGCGUUAUAUCCAAAAUUUCUACAAAGAAAUGUAUCUAUCGUGAACCUAAAUUAGCAUCACAGAUCAAUACAAUAUUAGAUCAAUAUGCACAUUCUAUCAAGAAUCCACAAUCCUCGUGUAACGGAGCGUUAUUGUUCAGCGUAGUGGGUGGUAAAUUAAGCGAAGGUUUAAAUUUCUCUGACGAUUUAGGUCGAUGUGUCAUAGUCAUUGGCUUGCCAUAUCCUAAUAUUAAAUCAUCAGAAUUACAAGAAAAAAUGAAGUAUUUAAACGAGAAUGUUAAAUCGGACGCCGGAAAUAAUUUUUACGAAAAUUCUUGCAUGAAAGCAGUGAACCAAUGUAUUGGUCGAUCUGUUCGUCACAUUAAUGAUUACUCGACGGUUGUACUGUUAGAUAAACGUUAUUGUCACAAAAUCAAAGUACUACCUCAAUGGAUUCAACGCUCCGUGACGAUUAAUAAUUCAUUUGGUUCUGUAGUUGGUAACAUCGCAAAAUUUUUCGCAGCGAAAAGAUUUAAGAAAGUUUAA